GGUUGUUAACUGAUGUGUUAAUGUAUACUAUUUGUAGAGAUUCAUUAGAAUCACUUUGUACAGAUGCAUAUGUGUUCAUCAGCAGGUUGCAGUUCUUGCACUGUCCCUUUAAGAAGCCAGUCCAGCUGUCAUUGGAGUGAUUGUCUGAGCUUAAACUGCUCUGGUGGAGGGGCUUAUGCAGCGUUUCAGCAGGAUCCAAUCGGGCAGGUAGCACUCCUCGUUCCUGCUCCCACCAGAGUCCCGUCAGCAACACAGGCACAGGAGAACUCCUACAGAUGGGACACAUGCUCACUGAAGACUGCAGAAAGUUUUAAAGCUGGGAAAUGAGCGAAAUGGCAGAACCAGCAACUAUAACCAGACCCCUGAUAUCCUCCAAGCGACACAAGAGCAUAAGGAAGAAUUCUAGAAGAAUUUAUUCCCCAUAUCAGGACGAUAAUGGACCAUCUGAUGAUGAGGAUAAGGAUGGAGAAAGAGUGGACAGCAAUGAUCCAGAGGAGUUAUUUCAGAACAUUCAGGUUCAGAAGGAAAUCAUCACCAACAUCCGAACUAAACCCUGGCCAAUAAGACGCAAGCUAAAAGUGCUCAAGCAAGCUAGAGAGAUUGUUCUGAAGUAUGAGGGCAGACUGACCAGGACGAGAGGUUACCAGGCAGCUGGGGCAGAUUUGCUGAAGAAGAUUUCAAGAGUCUUGUACAACAUUGUUGUCUUGUUCAUUCCCUGGGAGAUGAGGAUUAAAAAGAUUGAAAGUCACUUUGGAUCAGGUGUGGCCUCUUAUUUCAUAUUUCUGCGAUGGCUGUUUGGGAUCAACAUAGUUCUCACUAUUAUGACUGGAGCCUUUAUCGUGCUGCCUGAGCUCUUGGCCGGCGCUCCGUUUGGUACCACCCGCAGCAAGACCAUCCCCAAGGAGCACCUUACCUCUGCACAAGACCUGGACACCAUCUGGUCGCUGGGGGGAUAUCUUCAAUACUCUGUGCUUUUUUACGGCUACUACGGCAAUGUUCGUAAAAUCGGCAGUGCCGGCUACAGACUGCCCUUGGCCUAUUUUCUGGUUGGGAUGGCCGUUUUUGCCUACAGCUUCAUCACUUUGCUAAGAAAAAUGGCUAAAAACUCCCGCAUGAGUUUAGCCGGAGCCUCUAAUGAGAAUUACACCUUCUGCUGGCGUGUCUUCUGUGCGUGGGACUACCUGAUUGGGAACCCAGAGGCGGCUGAGAGUAAAGGGGCGGCCAUCGUCAAUAGCAUUAGAGAGGCCAUUGUAGAUGAGCAAGAGAAGAAGAAAGACACAAGCCUAGCUGUACUGAUCAGUUUAAGGAUUCUGGCAAACAUUCUGGUCCUGAUGUCUCUGACCGGCAGCAUCUACAUCAUCUACUUUGUGGUGGAUCGUUCUCAGAAACUAGAACAGGAGAAACCUGAGCUAACACUCUGGGAGAAGAAUGAGGUGAGUGUGGUGGUGUCCCUCAUCACAAUGAUUGCUCCUUCAGCCUUUGAGUUAGUGGCUCAGUUGGAGAUGUACCACCCCAGAACGAGUCUCCGCUUCCAGCUUGCCAGAGUUCUGGUGUUGUACCUUGGAAACCUCUACAGUUUGAUUAUAGCCCUCCUGGAUAAAGUCAACAGUAUGAGCUCUGCUAUUUCUGUGGGUCCAGGAAACCUGUCUGACUCAACAUCAUUCCUAGCGACGAUUUCCCAGUCUACUGAGGACAACCUGUCCACCAUCAUCCCAGACAUCACAGAGCAGCAGAACAGCACACUGACCAUGACUCUUCUGGAGAUCAACAACAGCAUGACCACCAUCAAGAGCACCACAUCCUCCAGACAGCCGAUGAGAAUGCAGUCUCUGCUUAACCAGACCGUCCUCUAUGAAUACAACACCAGAUCACAGCAGGACCCCUGCUGGGAAACAUAUGUCGGCCAGGUACUUGGCCAGGUGCUCUCUGUUCCAGUUUUAGCUUAUUGGGACUUUCCUGGUCUCCACACCUGCCUGGAGGAUAUGAAUGAACCCUUCAUAGGCACUAGCCAUAGAAUUUUCACAUAUUAUGUACACAACUGUUCAAAAGUGAGAGUCCUGCUUGGAGAUACUGAUGGUCUGCGGAGGGGUAAAAUUGCAUCCUACUCAAGGAAGGUAAAUGCAGGCUGUUUAUUGUGUCUAUCUUAUUUACAGGAGAUGUUAAAGCUCUCCAUCAUUGAUAUGAUCUUCACGGUGGCAAGUAUCCUGCUCAUUGAUUUCAUCCGGGGACUGGUGGUUCGAUACUUGAGUGACUGCUGCUGUUGGGACUUGGAGAGCAAGUUUCCAGAAUAUGGUGAAUUUAAAAUAGCAGAAAAUGUUCUUCAUCUGAUAUACAACCAAGGAAUGAUAUGGAUGGGAGCGUUCUUUUCACCCUGUCUGCCUGCCUUUAACGUCCUGAAGCUCAUUGGCUUGAUGUACCUACGGAGCUGGGCUGUGCUGACCUGUAAUGUUCCCCAUCAGCAGGUCUUUAAGGCCUCCAGAUCAAAUAACUUCUAUCUGGCGAUGCUUCUCUUCAUGCUUUUCCUCUGCAUGUUACCGACCAUUUUUGCCAUUGUGAGGUAUCGGCCGUCUCAGUACUGUGGACCCUUCAGUGGCCAGGAGAAGAUUUACGACAUCAUCUCCGAAACCAUUGCCAAUGACUUCCCACUGUGGUUCAGUAAAGUGAUGAAUUACGUCACCAGUCCUGUGGUGGUGCUGCCCGCUUUGCUUCUACUCUUCAUGCUGAUCUACUACCUCCAAUCCAUCGCUAGAUCACUCAAAGUCACCAACAGCCAGCUGAGACUGCAGCUGCAGACCGAGCGCACGGACGACAAGAAGAAAGUAUUUCAGUUAGCUGCAGCGCGUCUGCAGGGACCUGAGGGUGGUGAUAAAAAGCCGGAACAAGAGAGCGACAUUACUAGUAUGGAGUCAUCCGCCCGCUCCGCCUCUCCUCCACGCCGCAACGGCAGCAUCGCCAACUUUGAAUCUCCUGUUCGCCAUGGCAACAGCAUCCGGACCAUAACACAGUCGGCUUCACGGCCUGACAUCCCUAGAGCUGCUGGAGCGUCACAGAGCCCCACUGUCCCUGUGCGGCAGAAACACAAAUCGGAGCCCAUGGCCAGUAGUUCUUUCAGAAUGUACAGCAACCCCUCAGUUCCUCAAAGACAAGUACGACGAGUGGAGUACAUACCCAUCAGGCAUUCUGGGUACUUGGGCAGCACCAGUGGUUCCUGCCGUUCCAAGUCCCACCACAACAUGGCCUACAACCCGUGUACACGGUAUGCUGAAAACAUCCAUUCCGAUCCACUGUUUCGGAAGACCCUUCGGCCCAUGCACACUGAGCCUGCUGUAAUCACAGCUCAGAGCUACGUGGGCCACCGGGCACGUUCGACGCGUUACGUCAUCGUCAACGAACACGAAGCUCGCAAGAAGCUCAUGCACUCAAAAACACGCCUACCGAGACAUUACCGCCUCGCAGAUGAACCAACGGAGAUCGUAGAGCUUUAUCCACGUAACGUGAAGUGUUACAUUCCUCGUCCUCCUCAUCGAAGCCACCAGCCACACCUCAGCGAGGAAGAGGAGGAGGAAGAUCCGAAGAGCAGCACGAAGAGGGGGUCAUUAAGACAGCCGAAACGUCCACGACCACCGUCGGAUCUCCAUCAGACCGCGCGAUUCUACAUUGGCGAUACAAUAAACAGUCAGUUGUCUAUGGGGCAGGGUUUAUACGGCGACGAAGAAGAGGAUGAUCAGGAAGAAGACUGGGUGAACGACCCUCAGACAAACAUCCGAGGUCCAGAGUCAGCUCACAGGUGCGGCGAACCAUACGUCAAGCCUAAGACCAAGCAUAAAGUGGAGCCGUCUCUGACUGAGUCGGAUUCGGCAUCGCUGGCGUCUAGUAGUGACCAACAAAACAGCAGCACAGACCAGUACAUCCAGGUCAUUCACAACAAAAAGAAGUACCUGAAGUCCAGCGCCAAGCUGACCAAAACAAAAUCCAAGAGCAGUGUUAAACUAAAUGUGCCUGGCACUAAUGAUCUUGUCUGCUCCAACGUUUAACCUGUUUAGAGCUAAAACCGAGAUUAUGGCUCUGCUCGAAAACACUGGUAAGCUUUCUACGUAGGAAGCAUUUUAGGUGUACACCAACACCAAGUGUGUUUCAUGAAGUAGGUUGCAGCAUUAUCCUGCCUUCUAAAGGCUGGAAUACAUUAGACGACUUUUAAAAUCGGAACAGAUUUUAAAACACUAGGCAUCUGAUGACUUUUAAGUUGUUCCUAGUCGUUGCUAGGAGACAUGAUAAAUGAAAACAAUAUGUGCUUAAAAUCGGCUCAAAAUAUCAAACACGUUUGAUAUCCUCCAGCUGGAUAAAAUCAGUCAGUGACCAUCACCACUAUGCAAUUUUCUGUGAACUCUGACUGCUUGAAAUCUACUGUGAUUUUUGGCAACUAGUGUCAACUUGUCUAGACUGCAAAUCGGGGCAAAAUUGUGGGCAAAAGUCCCGUAGUGUAUUCAAGCCUUAAAAGGCCUUCUUCUGGCUAAAUUGUAAUGCAGCCUCAUAUGCAUCCUUUACCAGAAUGCACCAUGAGUAAUUCAGCAUUCCAAACAACUUGAAUUAUCCCAUAGACAUGUGUACAUAGAUGCCUUGUUAGUGGCUAUUUCUAUGGGUCACUAUAUUUAACUCACCUCCAUAUUGGUGGGGUCAAAGCCAGACCAUGAACACUUGAGAGCAAGUUGGCUGUGCAUCUGCAACCAUUGUUAUACGCGUAUGAAUAUCUAUAUCUGCAACAGACUUCAGCAGAUGAUUCUGCUUAACUAACGCAAUACAACAAGAUGAAGCCAUUAGCUAACACAACAUUUAAAAACUUGCCAUAGUUUAAAAACCUAUAAUAUUGAUUUAAUACAUUUUAAAAGCACAAACCAAAACAUUCUCACCUGUAAAAGUUGAUCCCAUUUUUUGGGGAAUUUAAAUUUUGGGGGUUUUUACAACCAGAGGCUGCACAAUGUUGUGGCACCUUGGAAAACUCAUUGAUUUCUACUGUAUGUGAUAACACAUUGACCAUUCCAAGAUGGCGGACGCAUUGACAUGUCUGGAGCAAUCGAAUGUGGCAUCUACCUAUAUGUCCAUGAGAUUCCCCUACUUCUGCUUAAAAAUAACAACUUGAAUGGUGCUCGAGGUUGGAUAUCCAACUCAUUCAGAGCAGAUCAAUCAACCCCUGAUUCAAGGAGAAGCAAAGUUUUCAAGUUGAUGGCAACUAAAGUUGAUGUUCCAUUGGUUAUUUUAAGUGGAGGUGAGGCAAGUUGUUUGGAACACAUCAUGAUUAGAAAAUGUUGACGUUGCAAAUGGGAAACCCACCUCCAACUACAUCUGAAACGCAGCAUAAAUCCAUCCAAAGAUGGUGGAUAAAGUUGAGAUAAAUGUCAAUUACAAAUAUAGUGCAUUUCAUUCAAUAAUGAAAAAUAUUGAUAAAAAUAUGUUAGCGUAUAUAGCAUAGCAACAUGCAAAUGACAGACACUGAGCACCAGUAGCUGUCUAUGAGGUGUGUUCCAAAUCAGUCAUUUAGGAGGUUCCACUAUAGUUCCACUGUAGUCAGCUGCUUAUGUAGGCAGUAGACAGCAAGGCAGCUUACUAGGUUUUUGAACAGAGCCAUUUAUUCAGUGUAAUACAGUUUUAUCAUAUAACAGUUGCAGUUCUGCCUUGUAAAGCACAAAGAAAUGACUAGUCUAUAUGAGUGUACUUUGCAUGU